AUGGCUUUGAAUCAGUAUCCUGCGCCGGUCGAUUAUGCCGCACAAUUGGAUGCUUUCAAGGAUUUCUUGAAGCACUUCAAGAGCUUCCAGUCCACCUCAGAAGCCACUGCGACCGAGGCGUUGGAGGAUUUAAACAUCAAUGGCAACCGCGAAAGCGAUGAGUAUGAUUUUAUGGACGAUAUCAAUGGUGUAGGGGAUGGGACUCGAGGCGCAAGGAGGCACCGCGAGCCUAAGCUCAAGUACAUGCAAAUUCUGCAAGACAUUGCCAACCGCGAUGUCUCCAACAUUGUGAUUGAAUUGGAUGACUUGGAAGUGUUUGAGAAAGCUCUUGUCCUUCCUGACGAGAUUGAGCAACUGAAGCUAGUCGAUUCCAUCCAAAAGAAUGCCAAGCGCUAUAUCGAUGUCUUUUCACAAGCAGUCGAUUCGGUCAUGCCGAAAGAAACGAAGGAUAUUACUUUCAAGGACGAUGUGCUCGAUGUAAUUAUGUCCCAGCGUGACAGACGUAAUGAGACCAUGGAGAUGGCCGCUGAGGCUGAUAUGGAUGCCGCCGCCCCUGAGGCUAUGUUUCCCCCGGAGCUUACCCGCCGCUACACCCUCAAUUUCAAGCCCCUCACACCCUCCGCUUCCAGCAGCGACCAGAGCGGAAAGGCGCUUGCUGUUCGAAACGUGCGCGCAGAACACCUCGGUAGCCUGAUCACCGUUCGCGGUAUCACCACUCGUGUCUCGGACGUGAAGCCCGCCGUUCAGAUCAAUGCCUAUACUUGUGACCGCUGCGGCUGCGAAGUUUUCCAGCCUAUCACCACUAAGCAGUUCCUCCCCCUAACUGAGUGCUUGUCGGAGGAGUGCAAGAAGAACAACUCCAAGGGCCAGCUGUUCCUUUCCACGCGCGCCUCCAAGUUCGUUCCAUUCCAGGAAGUCAAGAUCCAAGAAAUGGCCGAUCAGGUGCCUGUGGGUCAUAUUCCUCGGACUCUAACCAUUCACUGCCAUGGUGCUCUCUCUCGCCAGCUUAACCCCGGUGAUGUUGUGGAUAUUGGAGGCAUCUUCUUGCCAACACCUUACACUGGCUUCCGAGCUAUUCGUGCCGGUCUUUUGACCGAUACCUACCUCGAGGCUCAAUAUAUCACCCAACACAAGAAAUCUUACCAGGAUAUGGGUAUGGACAGCCGAACCCUGCGCAAGAUUGAGCAGCAUCAAAGCUCAGGAAACAUGUACGAAUAUCUUUCACGGUCUAUUGCUCCUGAAAUAUACGGCCAUCUGGAUGUCAAGAAAGCCCUUCUCCUACUCUUGAUCGGUGGUGUCACAAAAGAGAUGGGUGAUGGUAUGCACAUCCGUGGUGAUAUCAACAUUUGUCUGAUGGGUGACCCUGGUGUGGCGAAAUCUCAAUUACUUCGAUACAUCACAAAGGUUUCCCCUCGCGGUGUCUAUACUACUGGUCGUGGUAGCAGUGGCGUUGGUCUCACUGCCGCCGUUAUGCGUGACCCAGUCACCGACGAGAUGAUGCUGGAGGGAGGUGCUCUGGUUCUUGCCGAUAACGGUAUCUGCUGUAUCGAUGAGUUUGACAAGAUGGACGAUUCAGACCGAACUGCCAUUCACGAAGUCAUGGAGCAGCAGACUAUCUCUAUAUCCAAGGCUGGUAUCAGCACCACUCUCAACGCUCGUACCUCUAUCUUGGCUGCUGCCAACCCUCUGUAUGGCCGAUACAACCCGCGGUUGAGUCCCAUAGAGAACAUCAACCUUCCCGCUGCUCUGCUUUCCCGUUUCGAUGUCUUGUUCCUGCUGCUUGACACGCACUCUCGCGAGGGAGAUGAGGAACUUGCCAACCACGUCACCUACGUUCACAUGCACAACAAGCACCCCGAGUCGGCGGAUGCAGGCAUCAUGUUCACUCCCCACGAGGUUCGUCAGUACAUUGCCAAGGCCCGCUCCUUCCGUCCCGUUGUGCCAACUAGUGUCUCCGACUACAUGGUAGGUGCAUACGUAGCCAUGCGCAAGAGACAGAAGCAGGACGAGGCCAGGAAGCAGCAGUUUGCACAUGUCACUCCUCGUACACUUCUGGGUAUUGUUCGUCUCUCUCAGGCAUUGGCCCGUCUCCGCUUCAGCGAAGAGGUGGUUCGCGAGGAUGUUGACGAGGCCCUUCGUCUGAUCGAAGUUAGCAAGGCUUCUUUGUUCAGUGACGGCGAGUCCGGUGCCGACCAUACUCCUAGCAGCAAGAUCUACACAUUGAUCCGUAACCUACGUGAGAGUGGUGCUGCUGCAAUUGGAGACAGUGAAGACAACGAGCUGAGUGUGCGACGAAUCCGUGAACGUGUGCUGGCCAAGGGCUUUACCGAGGAUCAGCUCACUACCACUCUUCACGAAUACGGUGAAUUGAACGUCUGGCAAAUUACUGGCAAUGGCUCUCGCCUUAUGUUUGUGGACAAUGACGAUGAGAUGCGUGGCUAA